ACCAGAAAAAGUGGUCGGACUCUGUUGUUUUCCAUAAUUUUCUUACUCCAAGUGGACCAGGCCUAUUAUUAAAUACAAAGUGACGAAGAAUCAGCUGAAAUUCGUUUUUCAUAUUUUUUUAAUAUUUACGUCGUGAUUCGUGAGGUACUUUUGACUGACUACGUUAUUUGCAGACUGCAGUUACAACUUGUGAUUGUUCCAAGUCUCUGCACACUUGCACAUCGUUGGGUUUUCGUUCCUUCCCAAGGUUUUGAUACUGAAAUAUCAUGGGCAUUAAGGAUUUGUCGAAAUUGGUGGCGGAGCAUGCACCUGGAGCUAUCCGGGAAAGUGAAAUGAAGAAUUAUUUCGGCCGUAAAGUGGCGAUUGAUGCCUCCAUGGCACUGUAUCAGUUUAUGAUUGCUGUGAGGCAAGAGGGGGAUUUAUUAACGAACGAUGCUGGAGAAGUGACGUCGCAUCUUCUCGGACUGUUUCAUCGUACCAUCCGCAUCAUAGACAACGGGAUCAAACCCAUCUGGGUCUUCGACGGUAAGCCUCCCGAGCUGAAAGCGGGAGUGGCGCUGACCAAGCGCAAAGAGCGUCGGGAUGAGGCCAAGGAAGAUCUGGAGGAGGCCAAGGAAGUGGGUACAGCGGAAGAAGUGGACAAAUUCACCCGUCGCUUGGUGAAAAUCACGCGCGAGCACAACGACGAAGCCAAGAAACUGCUGCGCCUGAUGGGCGUGCCCUACAUGGAAGCCCCCUCGGAAGCUGAAGCGCAGUGCGCGGCGCUGGUGAAGGAGGGCAAAGUCUUCGCCACUGCCACGGAGGACAUGGACGCCCUGACGUUCGGCUCGUCGGUGCUGUUGCGGCACAUGACGUUCAGUGAGGCCAAGAAAAUGCCCAUUCAGGAAAUUCACCUGCCCAAAGUUCUCCAGGGCUUCGGUAUGACGCAGGAUGAAUUCAUUGAUCUGUGCAUUCUACUGGGUUGUGAUUACUGUGAGAGUAUUCGCGGUAUUGGACCCAAGAAGGCUUUUGAACUGAUCAAGAAGCAUUCGACUUUGGAGGAAGUACUGAAGAAUCUGGAUAAGAAACGCUAUCCCGUCCCCGAAGACUGGCCGUAUCAGCAGGUUCGGCAACUCUUCCAGCAGCCAGAUGUCCAAUCCGGACGUGAUUUGACAUUCAAGUGGGAGCAGCCCGAUGAGGAGGGCUUGGUGCAGUAUCUGGUGCAGGAAAAGGGUUUCGCUGAAGAUCGCGUACGCAAAAACUGCCAGAAGCUGAAGAAAAAUAAAACCGGGCCUGUGCAGGGUCGUAUGGAGGACUUUUUCAAAGUAAUCCCAUCGGAGCCGACAUCCAGUGCCAAGGCUGAUAAAAAAGCGGAAACGGCUAAACAGUUGGCAAACAGUAAACGAAAAGCGCCAGCUGGGGGAUCGGCCAGCAAGAAGACCAAAGGCAAAUAGGGAUCAUCCUGUUGAUAGUUACUUUGCGAUUUCUCUGUUGCGAUGCGCGCUUUCUGUAUGGUACGAUAACUUUUUGUAUCAAUUCUUUUGCAAUUUGAACAACAUUCAUGUACAGUAUACUUUGAUUUCUUUGGAACUGGUUUGCAUCUUUUCGUUUCUAAUCGUAAGUUUCUGUUAUGCAUAAACCUUCAGUUGUUGGAUAUUUACUGUUCGAUUGGCAUGCAUGGAUAUCGGUGUAGUAUUGUGGAUACUACUUUAUAGCAACGCUAAUAAGUCAGCAA